UACAUUUGGUAAGCCUAGUCACAACAUUUAUAAAUUUGGAUGUGGAGUAAAAUAUACACUAUGACAAACAUGGAAUAGAAACAAUGUUGUGUCAAACAGAGACAGCCGAAUCUAUAUAUGUAAAAUAAUCGUGACUUUAUGAGGGCUGUUCGAGGAAAUUGAGCCUUUGAUAUAAUUGAAGAUCGUGAUACUCCUCUUACAUUGUGCAAUGCAACGAAAAUCCAUUAUACUACGACAUGGAUUGGUAACUUUGUCUGUCUAUCGUCGCAGAUGUGGGAAUCCGCAUAUUGAAGCACCUCUUCAGUUAUCUAUCAGUCGUCGUUGCCAGACAAAUUACUAUGAACAUUGAUUGUGUACAAUGUAAAUGCAAGAAUCCAUUGAUUUCUUCGGAAAUAGGAGGGAACUUUCAUAAAAAUUAAAUGUUUACCGCGGCCUGGAUAAAAAUUACUUUUUCAAUUUUGUCUUGUGACGCAAUCCUUACAUCAUCAACAACAUGGCCGCUGUAAUGCAAGAUUGAAAACUACAAGCUUUUCUUACUCUUAAAGCGCUAUAAUAUCAUUAAUAAAUGAGGAAAUUUAUGUUAGAGACUAUUGAAUUCGCUGAAAUAAAGAAUUGAAUGAUGUCUGCAGCACAAUCACGGUUUAUUUGUCAAUUUAAACGUAGUAAGCGUUGGGUAUUUCAACGACCUCGCUCAACAAGUCAUGCGACGAUUGAAGACUUCGUCCCCAAGAGUAACAGGCAUCAAGACGAAAGGAUUCUAUCGCAACUAAGAGACUUUUUAGAGAAAAGUAAAAGGCUAUUCGUGUUAACAGGAGCAGGCAUUUCGACAGAGUCUGGCAUACGAGAUUACAGAUCUGAAGGUGUUGGGUUGUAUGCAGUAAGUAAUGAUAAACCAAUGCAACAUCAAGAUUUUGUCAAAAGUCAAUCGAAAAGGCAGCGAUAUUGGGCCAGAAAUUACGCUGGAUGGGAAGAUUUUUCAACGCACAAACCAAACCGAGGACAUCUUGUGUUAGCAGAACUGGAAAAGGCUGGAAAAAUUCACUGGCUUGUCACUCAAAAUGUCGAUUCUUUGCAUUCGAAGGCUGGCUCGAAAAGAUUGACAGAACUACACGGAACUACCAGCAGAGUUACAUGUUUGACUUGCAGUGGGACGAUAUCAAGGAAAGAGCUCCAAGGGUUGUUUAAAAAGCUCAACCCUUUCUUUAACGCAUCGCCCGAGCUAGCCGCUCCUGAUGGAGAUGUUCACCUAAGCAAAGACUUACUCCGAGACUUUACUGUUCCUGAUUGCGCAGUCUGUGGUGGAGUGCUGAAACCGGAUGUCGUCUUCUUUGGAGACACUGUACCACGUGACCGAAUCGCCCUUGUUCACGAUCGUUUAAGUGAGUCCGAUGCGGUGCUGGCCUUGGGUUCUAGUCUCCAGGUCUACUCGGCGUAUAGAUUUAUUGUUAGGGCUUGCGAGCACAAACUACCGUUGGCUAUUGUGAAUAUUGGUGAAACCAGGGCAGAUGACUUGGCUACACUGAGGGUACAUGGUAGAAUAGGAGAUAUUGUCCAUAUACUUAAGGAGUUUUCAGUUAGAUAGAUUAAGGUCCGAUUCACAUACUUUGAAACAUUUGUAAACGCAACUUCAAAUUCAAUAAAUCCAUCAGUUUACUAGUAAGAGAAGGAUACAUAUCGUAUCGACAUGGUUUGUGUUGCCAUUUCAGCCGUAACUGUUUGCACAUUCGUUUAAAGGUCAUUCCAGGGCAAAAUCGUUGUACAAAAUACAAUACUCGCGACCAACGUCCCUGCUCACACACACAUGUUAUGGUUUAGGAGAACGUAUAUUUCCUCGCCAAAUGCUAUUUUAGGAUUGCAUAGACAGAAUUCAUCCGGACAAACAACGACUUCAUUGUUCAGAUAGUGUUGACUAAGAGUAAUGAUUUCAUUCUGUUUACAAUUAGAUCAAACUUCUCUUUGCAUAAUGCAGGUGCAUCGUCCUUGUAAUUUAACUUAAUGUAUAAAUUAACUUGUACAUUGACAUGUACAAUCCGGUCAAGAAAUUCAUUUUGUUCACAAAUAAACCGAAUUCUAUCAUUAAAACUGUUUUCAUUUUUCUCGCGGUUUGAUGCGCUAUGUUUUUGACAUAAAAACAGCUAAUUGCCUUCACUAAACGAUAUUUGCAAAAUGUCCAAAACCUAUCGCUUGGUUUUGGGCAAAUUUAAGAAUUUACUCUAUUUAACCAUUUAAAAUUCAUUAAAUUCACUUUUUGCUCGUUGAAUAAACGGAAAUAUCAACAGAAAUUGUUUAACAGAUUGGCGUCUUACGAUGGAGUGUAUUUGCUUUCCUAAUGGCUACCGGCGUUCCACUGAAGAUCCAACGUUUGUCAAAUGGAUUUGUUAAGGCUAUAAAAGAUUCGUCGAGUCAUUACAAAAUCAGAAUAUUCCUCUUCAAUCAAAAACUAAUCUUAACGAAGACAAAAUCUUAACGAGUUCUAAAGAAUUGUGAAGCAAUGAAAGGAGUUCUGGCUGGCUUAUUCCUGGUGUUGUGUUCGCUAGCUUUAGUCAAAAAGAAUCUGGCUUAUUCGGCUGGAACGGGCAGAUUUGGAGAUGAAAUGAAGCUUAAAAGAAACUGGCAAAAUCCACUUGGCUCUAGGGGCAAACCUGCAGGCCUAUCGCUUAGACGCAGAAAACCCUUAACAUAUCAACACUGCCAACAAUGGGAGAUAGACGAAAACAAGUUUCCUUGAACUGAACAGUCAGCGACACUAUACUAUCAUGUUGUUGAUGUUUAAAUGUCUUUGAAAUAGAAUAGUGUUGUACGAUUAGCAGAUUAAAAGAUCAAAACGUA